CGUUAUUUAUUUUUUACCAUCUUCAAAUACACGCAUUCUAUGUACCAUUUUCGAACAAUAUUCCCAACCAAAAACCCUAAAUUUAAUCUCGGGCUCUAUCUGGUGGUAGUAGUAUUAAUAUACUAUUUCGGAUUGGUCUAAUCGCCCAUUUUCCCAAUUUCUGAUUGUCACUACAGAAUAGCUCGCGAUUAGUUCCGGCAACGCGCCGCCGUCUAUGGAGGCGCGUCGUCUCCGUGUCCUAUUCAGAGAUGCGGUUUCUUCAAAACGUCCAGUCACUGUAUUCAAUCGUUCAAAUCAUUUAGGAUCAUACACAAAGGCUGAUGGAAAUGGGAAAUUCAGAACAAAAUCUGAGGUAAUUGUGAAUGAAAUAAACUUCUUUGCACAUUAUGGUCGAGGCUCAACUUGCCAAAAAUCUGAGCAAUCCGAGGUGGGAGGUGAAACCACUUCUGAGAUACACAACAAGCACCCUCAUUUGUGGCAGGAGUUUUCCACCAACCCAUAUGAGUUGCACAAUUGUAUAAAAAGUAAGGUAAAUUUAAGUUAUCCAGACUUCAAGAACAAUGAUACUGGCAAAGGUCUCUCGCUCAGAUCCAAUAUUGGCAUUGCCUCAUUUGUGGAGUUAGAAAGCCAUUACGAUCUUCUUCUGCAUUCCUGUAAUAGCUUGACCACUCUCAAGCAAAUUCACUCAUCUCUCACUACUUUUGGCUUCAUCAGGCAAAGCCCUCAUCUGGGUGCUCAGAUCAUUAUCAAGUAUUCCAUGUUCAGGUACCCGGAAAGUGCUAGAUUUCUCUUCGAUGAUAUUCACCAUGGACCCAAUUCUUUCCUCUGGAACACAAUGCUUCGCGCAUACGCUAAUGGAGGUCAUUUCACUCAAACGCUGGAUUUCUAUUCGCUCAUGCGAAGAACCGGCAUUGAACCCAACAAUUACACUUUCCCUUUCAUUCUCAAAGCAUGUGCUUCCAAAUUGUUAUCUGUCCAAGGAAAGCUUGUUCACUGUGAUGUUAUAAGAACUGGGUUUGAUUUUGAUAUGUAUGUUGAAGCCUCUCUUGUUGACAUGUAUGCUAAAUGCGGCUUAAUUGAUGAUGGGCGAAGGGUUUUCGAUGGAAUGUCUGAGAGGGACCUCAUCUGCUGGACUGCAAUGAUCACAGCCUAUGAGCAGGCUGAGCAAGCCAAGGACUCGCUGAUUUUGUUGGACAAGAUGCAGCAAGAGGGUUUGUCGAUGGAUUCAGUUACAGCUGUGACUGUUGCCUCUGCUGUUGGUCAGUUGGGAGAUGCAAAGAAGGCUUAUUCAGUUCAUGCAUAUGUCAUUUGUAAUGCUUUUCUCGGGGAUGUCUGCGUAGGUAACUCGAUUGUUGCCAUGUAUGCCAAGUGUGGGGAUGCAAAGAACGCGCGUAUGGUCUUUGAUAGAAUGGAGGAAAGGGAUGGGAUAUCAUGGAAUUCCAUGCUUUCUUGUUAUACCCAGAAUGGACUAGCGAGUGAAGCGCUAUUACUUUUUGAUCAGAUGCAGGCUUCUGGUUCUAAACCUAAUCCUGUGACAGCAUUGAUCAUGGUCUCGGCCUGUUCUUAUCUGGGGUCUUCGCAGCUUGGAAGAAAACUCCACAAUUUUAUAAUUAAUAAUGACAUAAGAAUAGAUACAACACUUUGGAACGCAAUUAUGGAUAUGUAUGCCAAGUGUGGGGAUUUGGACACUACAGUUGAAAUUUUCAAUAGGAUGUGCUCAAAUGAACGGGAUGUUAGUUCUUGGAAUGUGUUGAUCUCAGGGUAUGGCAUGCAUGGACAUGGUCAAAAGGCACUUGAACUCUUCUCGCAAAUGCAAGAGGAAGGUGUACAGCCAAAUCACAUCACUUUCACAUCCAUCCUUUCUGCUUGUAGCCAUGCUGGGCUUAUUAAUGAGGGUUGGGAGUGUUUUUCAGCCAUGGCAAAAUUCUCUGUGAUACCCGAGGCGAAACACUAUGCUUGCAUGGUUGAUAUGCUUGGCCGAGCUGGUCUUUUGCAUGAAGCUUAUGAUUUGAUCAAAAAGAUGCCAUCACAGCCAACUGAUGGGGUUUGGGGUGCGUUGCUUUUGGCUUGCAGAAUCCAUAGGAAUACUGAAUUAGGGGAAAUUGCAGCCAACAAUCUAUUCCAGCUUGAGCCAGAACAUGCUGGAUAUUAUGUGCUAAUGUCAAAUAUAUAUGCAGUUUCAAGUAAGUGGCAAGAAGUUGGAAAGCUGAGACAAGAUAUGAAACGUAGAGGAUUGAAAAAACCUGCAGCCUUCAGUGUGAUUGAGUUUGGUAAAGAAGUUCAUGGAUUCCACACUGCAGACCAGUUGAAUCCGUAUUCAAGAGAGGUUUAUAGAAAGGUAGAGAGUUUGGCAAUCGAGAUGAAGAUGGCAGGGUAUGUGCCAGAUCGGUCAUGUAUUCUGCAUGAUGUAGAAGAGGAGGAUAAGGAGCACAUCCUCAACUUUCACAGUGAGAAGCUGGCUGUGGCUUUUGGCCUUAUGAAGAUUGAAACAGGAUUGGCAAUUCAUGUAACCAAGAAUCUUAGAGUUUGCAAUGAUUGUCAUUCAGCCUUCAAGUUUAUUUCAAAAAUUUAUGAAAGGAAAAUUAUAAUAAGAGAUGCAAAUCGUUUCCAUCACUUUCAAAGUGGUUCCUGUUCAUGCAAGGAUUACUGGUAAGCUGGGUCUGGUUCAUUAAAGUGGCAUGCCAGUAAGUGGUCACAAAAGUGCAACCUGGUGCAUGCUCCUCUGGAUCCAGUUCUUCCUCUUCCUAUUCUGCUCUCUCUACAUUAGCUGUGUAUGGGAGAAGAAGCAGAUUUAUUGUCAGCUGAUACUCAACUUACUCUGGAGUCCAACGAGGUAAUGCAGGUGGCCAAUGAAAUUGCCAUGCCAGGUUGUGUCUGAUCUUCAAAAUGAGCAUGGCAGGUGAGACAUCUUAUGGCUCCCAAAAAGUGAAUCUGUUCUCUUUACUUGAACCAGUUCUAUUCUCUGAGAAAUUGCCCAGCAUGGAUACAACAACACAGAAUUCUAAUGGGAAGCAGGUAUGAAUUGGCUGAAUAUUUUUUGUUUAUUUUUUAAUCGGCAGGAAGCACCAACUACCCCAUAGUAUCCUGAUUGGUCGGCUUCUAUGCAGGUUUGUUUCACAUAUGGUUUCUUUUUUUGUUGAACUAUAUAUUAGUUUAGUAAGCAAAUCCUUUUAUUAGCUUAUAUCCUUCAAUCGGCAUACUAUGGUGCUGGAGCUACUCCACCUCCUUUUUUCGCUUCUCCUGUUGCAUCUCAAGCUACCUAUGGGGGGAGUCAGCAUUUUUAUGGUACCACCAUAUGGAACACCACUUCCAUACCCAGCUUUCAAUCCACAUGGAGGACUUUAUGCUCAUUCUAAGAUAGCUGUGGUACCCAAUAGUUUAUCAUUGGAAAUUUAUUUUAGCUUUGAUGAUGUUCCCCACCACCACCACCACUACCCCUCGCACGUACACAAUUUUCCUUUUUUCAUGAUAUUUCUAUAAAUUUUAAGACAGCCAAUUUCAAAGACAGGAAAAUAUGAUAUGAACGGUCAAAGUGGGAGCUAAACUUUGUAUCCCUACUGGAAAAGAUUACAAUAUCCUGGUCACAAUUUGAUAAAUUUAUCUAUUUCCUUGUGGGCUCAGGCCUCAGUGUGCGACUUUGACAAAUACAGAGGCUGAAGGAAAGGCAUCUGAUGGAAAAGAACCAGGGUAUAUGAAAAUUUCCAAGGGAACUCCGGCAAUCACAGGUUUGACAGGUGGCAAGUCAAGAGAAAGCAAAAAGGCAGCUUCAGCUUCUGGAAAUGAUGGUGCCUCACAUUUGCAGAGAUAUCUUAAAAUUCAUUAGUUGCUGGCUGUUGACAUUCUAUGUUAUUUUUCUUAUUGUCAACAAAUGCCUUUCUACAGUGCUGAAAGUUCUAGUGAAGGAUCAUUAGAAACAAGUGAUGAAAAUGAUAACCAACAGGCAUCUUCUGCAACUAAGAAGAGAAACUUCAACCAGAGGCUCGCUGAUGAAGGUAAUGUGAAGAGUAACGCUGCUGUUCGCCAUAAGUGUGAAAAUCCUUGAACCUCAGUUCAAGGGAAGCCUGUGCCAACAACCAAUUUGAAUAUUGGUAUGGACUUCUGGAAUGCAUCUGCUGCUGGGGCCGCACCUAUGAAAAUGAGACCAAAUGCAUCUGGUGCCUCACCACUGGUGGUUUAUGCUACCGUAGUUGGGCGUGAAGGCAUAUCGAUCACCAGUUAUAUCAGGAUGAACGGGAACUAAUACGAGAAAAGAGGAAGCAAUCGAAGAGGGAGUCAACAAGUGAAUCGAACGACGAGGGAUGAGAGAUGCACAGGGUUGCUGGGGAAUACAGUUAAAAAUCGAAACGUUUCAGUCGAGCUGAAAUCUUAAAAUAUGUUUGUGUUUUCAUUUGAUUGACUUGCAUAGAGUUAAAUUAAGUUUACGAAUACCUUAUUUUAUUUUUUAAUCUUGACCCUCAUUCAUAAAUAAUGUUCUUAGUCCUUAAUGUUUAUUACAUCACAAACUAGAAACGCAA